UCAUUUUGGCAUAAUGUCUGUGCUCACGUGGGCGUGGUUACGGACUUGGCAAAGUUUAUAUGAAAAACGAUUUUUGACUUCUCCAUACCGCAGUGGAAGAGGGAGAGAGUUUACGACCGGUCGUUAAAGUCAUACAACCGGCCCCACUCCCCCUCUUCUUCCACUCUGGUGGGGGGGUCUGCCACCUUUGAUCCUCACCCAUGAGGGAAAGUCAUGACAGUCAGGUGGUUGUGCAUGGGUUAUUAGCAAUUGCGGGCGGGUAAGAGUGAACAAACAGCUAACUCGUGCACCGCUAGCCUACUUAACAGCUGUGCCCUAUAUGCGUAACUAAUCACGUUAUCAAGAUAACCACCUAUAAUUAGUAUAGAAGUAAUGGUGGUGUAUUCUUAGCACGUCCUGUUCAUUGACACUAAUAAUCAACUCCUUCCCUGUCAUCAGGUUUGGAAGUGGCCCUAGAUCAGAAGCUGUUUGGUCAACAUGUUGCCUCCAGAGUCAUCCAGAAAGCUGUAACGGGUUUCAUGAACAAUAAAAACCCUAUAAAGCCCCUGGUGCUCUCUCUACAUGGCUGGACUGGCACAGGGAAGAACUUAGUCAGCCAGUUGAUAGCUGAAAACAUCUACAAGGAGGGCAUGGCCAGCAGUUGCGUCCAUCAGUUUGUGUCUACAGUGCACUUUCCUCAUUCGAGUCAGAUUGAGAACUACAAGUCUCAGCUGCAGCAGUGGAUCAAAGGCAACGUCACCAACUGCCCACGUUCCAUGUUCAUCUUUGACGGGAUGGACAAGAUGCACCCUGGCCUAAACGACUGUAUAAAGCCCUACCUCAGUUACUACGACAAUCUGGAUGGGGUCUCGUACCGCCAAGCCAUCUUCAUCUUCCUCAGCAAUGCUGGAGGAGGGCAAAUCACGCAGGUGGCCCUGGACUUCUGGAAAGCAGGUCGAGACCGAGAGGAGAUAAAGUUGCAUGACUUAGAACCAGCUCUCUCCCUGUCUGUGUUCAACAACAAGAAGAGUGGGUUGUGGCCCUCGAGUCUGAUGGACAGGAACCUAGUUGACUUCGUUGUCCCCUUCCUGCCUCUGGAGUACAGACACGUGCUGCUGUGUGGCAUGGCAGAAAUGUCUGCCAAGGGCCUGGAGCCCAACCAGGAUGUGGUCGACAAGAUGGCCAGAGACAUGGUCUAUUUCCCCAAGAGCGAUAAGAUCUUCUCCGUCAAUGGCUGCAAGACCAUCGGCAGCAAGCUAGAUUACUACACAUAGUGCGUGUUUGAGAUCGACUACGUUGCUGCCGGCGGCUGCAGACUGACUGAUCUAAUCAUAAUGAGUGGUAAUUUAGGAUGAAAGGUGGUUUGUAGGUCUGAUCAGUCGGUCUGCAGUUGCUGACGGUAAUGUAGACGAUCUCAGAGGGAACAGCUACUGUAUCUAUCUACCUCCUACUCUACUGUGUGCUAUUUCUUAAUGAGAACAUCUCCGCCAGUCGGAGUGAGGAAGUCCGUGACUGAUGACCCGCCCCUCAGGCCUCUCACCGUCAACACAACCAUGGAGAACAUCAACGGUCUUGUUCUUAUGGUGUCACUUCUCCCUGAAGAUGGAUUACUGAGAGGAGGGUGGAUUUAAGAAGAGAUACAAAAAUAUAUUUAAAACACUGAGGGUAAACGCUAUUCUUUUUAACCAAUCAAGGUGCUUGUUCCUGAUUUGUUUAUUCUGUAAAUGAUUAUCUCCAAAUAAUGAUUUCCUUUUUCAUGGAAUUCUGCUGCACAUGAACUGUGGCAGGUGAAAAUUAGUUGUGUAUUAGAAACAAAUGUGGUUUAAAGUUACAAUCUAUAACACGUUAGAAAAGACCCAUGGAGUUGGUGGAAGAAUCCUUUAAUUCAUGGCCACUUACUCAGCUUGGCCAGGGGCGCUUUAAUUAGGUCAGGUGGAAAUGUCCGACAGAUCUCAACUCCAUAAAAGGAGGAAGUCUCCAUCGCCCGAUCUCGCUGCUUUCUCGUCCUUAACUUCAUCUAAUCCAGAAGUUCUGUGUGUCCAUGAAUCCACGUAAGUCCACCAAAUCUGUUACCUUUCAUCUGAAAUAUCUGUUGCGAUCGGGAGAGUGGGCCAUCAGUUAUUGUUUAUAGUUAUUACUGCGGAGAGCGGCUUGGAGCGCACACUUCAAACCUAAUGUCACGAUCGUGUACUGGAGAGAAUGAGGACCAAGGCGCAGCUGGAUAUGAAUACAUCUUCUCUUUUUUUAUUUAAAAGACGAAGAUGAACACGACACAAAACACUUUAACAAAACUAUACAAAACAACAAAACGACCGUGAAGCUACAAACGUUGUGCACAAACAUACAGGCUACUAACGUUCUUACAUAGACAAUUACCCACAACCAAUGAGAGCCUAUGGCUACCCUAAAUAAGGCUCCCAAUCAGAGACAACCGAAAUCAGCUGUCUCUAAUUGGGAACUCAUUCAGGCAACCAUAGACUCUCCUAGAUAACUAACCAACAUAGACAACGCUAGACAUAUACACUCAACACAAAACCAUAUACUACACCCAUUAACCCCUUUACCAAAUAAACACCCAAAACAACAAAACAUAAACAUUCCCCAUGUCACACCCUGACCUAACUAAAAUAAUAAAGAAAACAAAGAAUAAUAAGGCCAGGGCGUGACACCUAAGGUCAUUGAUCACAGCCCUACGGAUCAUCACAGGCCAGUUAUGCCAUCGAUAUAUGGUUAAUAUGUAAUGAAAUGACAUGUACAUCUGAAGACACUUGAAAGGGUGAAAUAUGAAAUGUCAUAAUUUGCUGAACUGAUCGAUUCUGAUAUGAAACUAAUGGGGAUUAUAGAUUGAAUAACCGAUCACUGUUUGUAUUAUUCUUCUCAUGAUUAUGAUAAAUAGUUACGUGCAUAAAUGACUCAAGGAUGAUUCCUAUUGACUUCCUAAUGAACUGGUUUGUUGAAUUCCCUAAUUAUGUUAAUAAUGAAUGAUUGUUAUGAUUUGAUCUUUGAUUAUGAAUUUGAUUGCAUACAUGUUAUGAAUUUGAUUGGGUACAUGUUAUUCUGUUUCCUUUGUUAUGCAGCACAGACUACCCAGUAAAUAUACCACUUUAUGGUUAAAGGAAUUCCUGCCUCAGUCUCAUUAAUUCCUCCCCACACAGAUUCCACUGAUCUUUCAAUGGUCCUUUGAGCAGGAUCAUGACUGAACCAAAGACAGGUGAAAAGGAAAUGGAGAAGGAAGAAUUGUCUCCACUGGAAGGAAGGAGAGAGGAAGAAAGCAGCUGAGGGAAAAGUCUUGGAACAAAUAAAAGAUCCAGGAGCAAAGCCUAAAGCAACAAGGAAGGCUUCAUCCUCAACCACCAGAAGAACCAGACAAGCACCUGGUUUCAUCUUCAACCACCAGAAGAACCAGACAAGCACCUGGUUUCAUUCUCAACCACCAGAAGGACCAGACAAGCACCUGGUUUCAUCCUCAACCACCAGAAGAACCAGACAAGCACCUGGUUUCAUCCUCAACCACCAGAAGAACCAGACAAGCACCUGGUUAUCUUAAGGAUUAUGUGGUCGAGUUUCCCACAUCAAAGGGCAAGCCCACCAGAGCUCAAAGUGGUGAUGGAUCAACUGUACGUUUCAGCCAUCAACCAUCCCCUCCGAGCCAGGGACCGGAAACUGCUUUGGGACGGGAAAGUGGUCUACAGGAAGAACCUAUGGAGGAGGUAACACCCACCGCACAGGUCGACCAGCUUCCUGAGGCAGGCUCCGCUCACCCCUUAACUAAUGGGAAAUCGUCGAGGCACUCUAGACGGAGUGAGAGUUCGACCAGUGGAUACCCCUUUCGAAGUGGCCAUGGCAGCCGCCAUUCACUAGCCCUCAGCGAUUCACAGACCGCUGUCCUACUAGCGUUGGAGGAAAUUGAGCUUCAUAUUGAGGAGGAAUGACAGGCUGACGAACGAUGUCACCUAUUGGAUGUGCAGGCCCGUAGAGCUCUACAGUAACGGGAAUUCAUUGCCAAGGACCUGGCAUAGCAGCGACGGCACCGUCAAGCAAGAAGGGAAUUUGAGGAGGCACGGAUGGUUUCAUCCUUCCUGGAGAGGAACAAACAGGGAGUUGACCUGACCACCCCUCCACAUGGACCUGACCUGUCUGCCUUUCUUUCCCAAUCUGCCCCUCUGGUACAGCAUGGCACACAGUCCCCAGAGGCUCCGAGGCCAACACGGAGCACGGGGGACAGGCUGAUCCGCCAACGCCCUCUAUGCCAGUGACACAAGUUAGCAUUCCUCUGUACGUACGGUCACUGUGGGGACGACAUCAUCGAUGCACUUAUUGAUGAAGCCAGUGACUGAUGUGGUGUACUCCUCAAUGCCAUCGGAAGAAUCCCGGAACACAUUCCAGUCGGUGCUAGCAAAACAGUCCUGUAGCUUAGCAUCUGCGUCAUCUGACCACUUCUUUAUUGAACGAGUCACUGGUGCUUCCUGCUUUAGUUUUUGCUUGUAAGCAGGAAUCAGGAGGAUAGAAUUAUGAUCAGAUUUUUCAAAUGGAGGUUGAGGGAGAGCUUUGUAUGCAUCUCUGUGGGUGGAGUAAAGGUGUUCUAGAGUUUUUUUCCCCUCUGCUUGCACAUUUAACAUGCUGGUAGAAACAAUGUAAAAUGGAUUUAAGUUUCCCUGCAUUAAAGUCCCCAACCACUAUGAGCACUGCCUCUGGAUGAGCGUUUUCCUGUUUAUGGCCUUAUACACAUCCGGCUGUGAUUGGGAGUCCCAUUGGGUGAAGCAUAAUUGGACCAGCAUGAUGCUGGGUUUCACCGGGGUAGGUCAUCAUUGCAAAUAAGAAUUUGUUCUUAACUGGCUUGCCCAGUUAAAUAAAUGUUCAAUUUAGUGCCAGCAUCGGUUUGUGGUGGUAAAUAGACAGGUACGAAAAAUAUAAAUUAAAACUUGAUAAAUAGUGUGGUCUACAGCUUAUCAUGAGAUACUCUACCUCAGGCGAGCAAAACCUUGAGACUUACUUAAUAUUAGAUUUCGUGCUCCAGCUGGUGUUUACAAAUAUACACAGACUGCCACACCUUGUCUUACCGGAGGCAGCUGUUCUAUCUUGCCGAUGCAGCGUAAUGGUACAUUGUGGAAGAUAUGAUAGAAACCACAGCAUUAGUAUGUCUUAACAAUGGAUGUGGUACAAGAGUUGAUGUUGUUAGAGGGGUUACAUCCUGCCUGGACCUCAUAACAGCUUCUAACUAUAUUGCAUCUAUGUGUGAAUGUAAUGAAUGAUUUUACUGUUAGACGUGAUCAUUUCCAGAUUUGGUGUACCAUAAACUUUGAUGUUACUAUUCCAGAUAGGGUACCAUUCAGAAGAUGGGGCUUUCAUGAA